AUGGGCCUCACCUCCAAAGCCAAGAAAGCACCAAAAGAUUUCCUGUCAUGGCUCGAAAGACGCGCAGACGCAAUAUGGAGCAACCUCCUCACGAACCAUCUCUGGCAGCGGAUGCUAAAGAACACCCUCGCAACCACAAUUGCCAUCAUAAUCGCCUUGCUCCCGGCCGUCGUCCGCGUGUAUGGAAAAGCCGCCUACCUAGCACCCAUCACCACCGUCUUCGGACAUCCCGGUCGACGAUUCGGGCAGAUGGCUGAAGCGCUAGUACUCGCUGUCUCUGGGUCAUUGGUUGGCAUAGGAUGGUCUUCGUUUGGGUUGUACCUCUCGAGCCUUGUGUACGGACAUAAUCCUCCCGCGGCGUACACUAUAAAAGGACUGUUCUUGGUGGUGGCAUUGAUGGUUCAUGGAUUUUUGAGAAGCCAUACACCGAGACUGUUUAUUUUUGUGCUGUUGUUGGUUAUUGUUGAUGUGGUAAGCUUGACGAGUACAGCGACUGCGGUCACGAAGUUGGGAGUUACGCAGCUGUUGUAUCCGAUUUUGACGGCGUCUGGGGUGCUGUUAUUGGUUAAUACGUUGGUUUUCCCGGAGUUUUCCAGUGGGUUUCUUGGUGUAACUACCAUUGAGACGCUUGGGGAGACGGUGGGUGCUUUGAGGGAUGCGGGGAAGUAUUUUAUCAGCAUUUCUGAGGGCAGUGAGAAGAAAGAAGACGACAAAGAAGACGAUACGUCUAGUGAAGCCCUCGCUCAUAACUCAGCCGAGGACGAGACGAGGGCAAUUGAGGCUCCGAAGCCAGAACCAGUCAAGCUCAAGUCUCUUACUGAUCAGAAGGCCAAAUUGCGCACGCAGCUUGCUAGCUGCAAGGCAGCACAGCAGGAGUGUAAUUUUGAGUUAGCUUGGGCAGUCUUGCCUCCUGGAGAUGUGAAGCCAAUCAGCGACACUUACAUGAAGAAGCUGGUAGCGAAUACUAUUGCGCUGAUUGGAGCAUGCGAGAGCAAAUAUGCACUCAUGGGCGAUGAAAGUGGUAAGAGAAACGAAGAGGCUAAAGAGGAGCCUGAACUGAAAAGUGCUGAAGCUGCAAAUAUCAUCCCUGGAGACGAGUCCUCAAGGCCUAGUACUGGUGUUGAUGGUUCGCAUGACGAGUCCACGAAUGAGAAGAAGAAUAAGAACAAGAGGAAGAAGAAGAAGAAGAAGAACAAAAGCAAGACGAGGUUGGAAAGAGAGAUUGAAGAUCUUGAACUUGUCAAGCCGAAGAAAGAGAUCCAAUCUGGCGAUGUGGAGCUACUGAGAUAUCUUGUAUCUCGCAUUUCAAAACCGCUGGCCGAUCUUCAGGAGAAGAUUGACAGAAGUGUGGAUGUCGUAACCUCAUGCUUAGCAUACUGCUACGAUGUACCAAAGCUACCCUCCGGGGCUCGAGCCCCAAGCGGCAUCGAGCUAGCUGAAAUCGACAUCCGGGUUGACAUCUUAACAACGGCUAUAGCAGAGUUUGACAAAGAUUCUGCAACAGCUCUAGAAGGCGCCGCCUCGUUACGCGAUCUCGACCAUCCACAAGUUGAUAUUAUGCCUCGCAUGGAAACAUUCCUGAUCUCAUCUUUCCUCUUAAAUCUCCGUCAAGCUGCUCUGCGUACUUUGGAAAUGCUCAACCAGUCUCGAAUAUUGGUUGAGAAACGUCAAGCGAGACACGAUCGACGACGACUUUAUGCGCCUCAAAUCAAUUGGCAGAAAUGGCUUGUUUCUGGUGGCGAAGAGGACGCUCUUGCUUUGCCUGAACAAGGCAGAAAGGAUGCACGAACCGGGAAGAGGGACAAUAAUCAGGAGGAUGGCGAUUCCAUCAACAGCAAGGAACGUCUUCUCAAGAAGAAAGAUGUUGAAUCUGCUCCUCCUACAGAAUCUCAGUCUCAAUCACCACCACCUAGAAGACGUACAGUUAAGGCGUUAUCAAAGAAGGCUGAGAAGGGCGGAUUGAUCCACCGCCUGCGAAAUGGCCUGGCAGACGCCAUCGAGUACUUGGUUGGAAGUGACGAUCUGCUAUAUGCUCUCAAGCUUACGAUAGCUGUCUUCCUUGUCACCUGGCCGGCAUUCUUGCAUCAAUGGAAUGAAUGGUAUUCUUUGAAUCGAGGACUGUGGGCUGCACUCCAGCUCGUGCUGAUCACUGAAGUUGCCAUCGGCACGUCAGUCAUGACCUUCACGCUACGAGCAGUUGGCACGACGAUAGGUUGUGUCUGGGGUUAUGCUGCCUAUCAAGCCCACAACGGGAAUCGGGUUGUCUGCGUGGUGAUUCUCGUCAUGGGGAUCAUUCCCUCAACCUACAUCCAGCUUGGAAGCAAAUAUAUCAAAGCCGGAAUGGUCUCCAUAAUUUCCAUGAGCAUCGUCGCCUUAGCAACAGUAGACAAGACCGUCCUAGGAACCGCAACCGAGAACUUCCUCAAACGACUCAUCGCCUUCCUCAUCGGUGGCGUCGUAGCACUCAUCGUCGAAGUCGCCUUUCUCCCCGUCCGAGCACGAGACCGCCUUGUCGAAUCCCUCGCCGCCUCCAUCCGCCAGAUCAACGAAAUGGAAGCCUGUCUCGCCUACGGCAUCGAAAUGCAAACAAACGUCGACGUCCACUCCACCGACGUCUACGCUCGCUUCGAACGCGCAAAAGGAAAAGCCCAAGGCGCGCUCACAGCAGCGGAAACCUUCCUCCCCUUCUGCGCCAACGAACCUCGUCUAAAAGGCUCAUUCAAAGGCCUGGCUCUCGUGUACGCGGAAAUACUUUAUGUGUUGUAUGCAGUGGUAGACAGGAUGGACAACAUGCUGCACCUGCGCCAAGAAUAUGGCUCCAGCGUCCUCGAGGAACUGAAUGAGAAAGUCUAUCCCUACCGCCGCAACGUCGCGGGCAGCAUAACGCUGAUCCUGUUCGCGGUCCACGAAGCGCUCACCACUAAACUCCCACUCCCGCAAUUCCUGCCUUCUGCUCGUCUCGCACAUCUCCGCAUGGUAAAUCGUGUAAGAGAAGUUGUGCUCGCAGGUGGUACUGAGAAAUUGGCGGAUAGUGAAAGGAGCGAGAUUGAAAUGAGCAUGGUGAAGCACGUUGUGCGGCAGAAAUUCUUGAGUUGGAAUGCGGCAAGCGCGGGGCAGAUUGAGGUUAUUGAGUAUCUUGAGGAGUUGAUUGAUCUUGUGAAGUUGCUGGUGGGUGCUAAUGAAUUUCGGAGUGGGAUGUUGACGAGGCCUACUUAUCAAGAAUAUGUCAACCGCAUCGAUCGUGGUGCUCGAGACGAUGAAAUGGGAAGAGAGGGAGGAGCGGAUGUUAUGGUGGGCGAUGAGCAGAAUGAGCAGAGGGAUACGGUUCCGGAUCCGCAAGUUAAGAAACGGAGGACGACGACGUUUUCGGGUGGGGAGAAGAAGCGAAGCGAGAAUGAAGAGUUUGAGAGGCAGAAGAAAGAGAGUGAAGAGGAGCUGCCGAGGUCGCUGCAAAGGGUCAGGUCGAGGCGGAUUGAGGAGAUGAGUUUGCAGACGAGUCGCAGUCAGGAGGAGGACAGGAAGAAGAGGGAGGGGAAACGUGGUGAUAAAGGAGUGUAA